GAAUGUUCGAGUUUCAUCAUUGUGUAUAAAACCUUGAAGUUGAAAAAUAGUAACCAUUUGUAGAAUUUUCUGUUCAAAACUGCUGGACAUGUUUGGAACAAUCCAGACGUAUAUCGAACGAGUAUUUGCAAUUUCUUUGUUGUUACACAUUAACUAUGUCAGUGGAAAUUGCACGACCACGACCCUGAAGCUGUUUGAUGACCAAAUACAGGCUAUACAGAAGUCUGUGAGAGCCAUUGUGGAGGACGGUUCCUGUGGCAACAAGAAUAAUCCCGUGGGUUUCCAUGCAUAUAUGGGGUCAACAAAAACAAUCGCAAAGGGUGUCGUGUGGGUGUAUGAUAGAAUAGUCACUAACACCCACAAUGCAUACAGCGCCACAACAGGAAAGUUUACCACACCGGAGCAAGGACUGUAUACUUUUUCAUAUGGCACAUUAAGUGACCCUGGAAAAAUGUCCCACGCCAGCCUCUUUGUAAACGGCAAGAUCGUAAGUUGGCAAGCUUGUAACAACAGCGGUGGCAAAUCUCAGGGGCUGACGUCUAGCAACACCGCCAUCCUUCUGCUUCAGAAAGGCGAUGUCGUUUAUGUUGAAGACCAUAUUACAGCUGCUAUCAUAAGAGGAUUGUAUUCAGAUUUCAGUGGAGCUAAACUAAACUAGGUGAAAUCAGAUAUGUUAUAUGUUGCAUUAAUCUGAGAAAAAAAUAAAG